AUGGAGUUGAAAGUCACGUCGAAGAAGGGAACCGGCUUCUAUCUUCGGGCCGCUGCGACCUUCUUGCGUGGCACAGCGGACAAGCCCCCAGUUCCCUCCAUCGUUCUCAGCGGCGCCGGCUCAGCCGCCUCCAUCGUGGCCGACGUCGCCCGCACGAUCGAGAAGCAAGGCCUGGCGAAGAUUUCGCACCUGGAGACGUCCUUCCCGGAGGUGGGUGGCCGGGCAGCUCCGCGCCUUGCUGCGACGCUGACAGCCCCGUGGCCUUACCCAGAUCCCGGCAGCUACAGCAACUUCGACCAAGUGGUGGUGGAGAGCUACGACCUCGACCAGGAAAUCGACUUCGACAAAGGGGUGCUGAGGGGCUCCAUCCUGCUGCACGUGCGUGGUCUGGAGUCGAGCAACUCUGUAGUCCUGGACACCCGGGGGCUCGCCGUGACGGGCGCCUUCCUUGGCUCGGAGACGCUGCAGUGGGAAGUGGGGAGCAAGGGUCGCAAGUCCGAGGCGCUGGGUGAAGCGUUGGAGAUCUACUUCCCCAAGCCGCUGGCAGCCAAGGAGACAGCUUCCAUUCGCGUGGAGUAUUCGACUGCGCCAGAUGCGGUGGCAGUGCAGAUUCUCUCCCCAGAGCAGACGAUGGGGAAGCAACACCCCUACCUCUUCACGCAGUGCCAGGCGAUCCACGCGCGGUGCCUGAUGCCCUGCCAAGAUACGCCUGGAGUAAAGAGCUCCUACAAGGCGAAGAUCACGGCACCGGCGCCGCUGACGGUGCUCAUGUCUGCCGUCUCGGAAGGUGAGCCCGAGAGCGUGGAGGGUGGGAAGCGGCGUUUCGCCUUUACGCAGAAAGUGCCUAUCCCAUCCUACUUGCUGGCCAUUGCCUGUGGCAACCUCGUCAGCCGGAAAAUCGGCCAGCGAAGCCACGUCUGGAGUGAGCCCGAGGCCAUCGAAGCCUGUGCCUUUGAGUUCUCUGACACGGACAAGUUCAUGAGCAUUGGCGAGAAGCUUUUCGGGGAGUAUGUUUGGGGCGUCUAUGACUUGCUGGUGUUGCCGCCCUCCUUCCCAUAUGGCGGUAUGGAGAAUCCUUGCCUCACAUUUGUGACGCCGACCCUGUUGGCUGGGGACAAGUCCCUGGCGGAUGUGGUGGCCCAUGAGAUUACACACAGCUGGUUCGGGAACCUCUGUACCAACCGAAGUUGGGAGUGCUUUUGGCUCAACGAGGGCUUCACCAAAUUUGGGGAGUGCCGCAUCAUGCAGAAUAUGCACGGCAAGGACUACGAGCAGCUCCUGCUGCGGAAUCUGUGCCUCAAGCUGAAGGAGGACGUGGCCCUUUUUGGCACCGGCCACGAGUUCACGAAGCUGUGUCCGCGCCUGCCUGGCGUUGACCCGGACGAUGCUUUCAGCGGCAUCCCCUACGUGAAGGGCCAGAUGAUGCUUCUGCACCUCGAGAGCCUCGUGGGGCAGGAGCGCUUCGAGGCCUACCUCCGCGCGCACGUCAAGCGCUUCACCGGCGGCUGCUUAGAUGAGAAGGACUUCAAGAGCUUCUUCUUGGAGCACUUUGCUGGUGAGCCUGCGGUCCAGGGCGUGGACUGGAACACCUGGUUCUACGGCUGCGGGCUGCCGCCAAUGCCAGAGGUGGACUCGCGCCUGGCCAAGGAGGUAGAUCUCCUCUGCGCAUCUCUGCUGGGUGGCUAUGAUGGGGCCGCAGAGGACAUCAAAGGAUGGUUUCCAGCUCAGACUGAGUUGCUUUUGGAUCGGCUCAUCGACCAUGCGCGGGAGCAGGCCGAGAAGAAGCAGGUCGAGGAGGUGAAGAGCAAACUCGAUGUGUGGAAUGCUGCUUAUCAGUUUGACCAGACGAAAAACUCAGAGCUUCGAUUCAGGUGGCUGAUGCUGGCUCUGGUCUGCGGCGACGAGUCCAGAGUCGACGCCGCCAUUGCCAUGGCCAAGGAGGUCGGCCGCAUGAAGUUCACGCGGCCCCUGUAUCGAGAGCUGGCCAAGCAGGCCGGCCGAAGGGAGAAGGCCAAGGCGGCCUUCGCUGUAGCCAAGGCCACCUACCACCCGAUCACGGCCAAGAUGGUGGCUCAAGACUUGGCCAAGGCGGGUGCGGAGAGCUAG